CCUCCUUCUCGCCCCCAACCCAACCCAACCCAACCUCAAACCUGGCCGAUUGUUGUACGAACACGCCGAUAAAAUACUUACUAGAACUUCUCGAAUAUUUUAUUCAUUUCUCGAUAGCUUCUACUAUAAAACAGUAGUCAUAGUGCGAAUCGUUAUCGUUUUAAGGCUACCAAUUGACAUAGCCUUUCAAGAUUCCUUUGAACUUGUAACUGUACAUGGUAGGCUAUUACAAUGUUUUGCCGAAAUCAGGUGUCGAGAACCACGAUAGCAAGGGGAUCAGCAUUGGAUCUGGAAAUACGACGACGUGGGCAUUUCAACACUCUUACGGAAACGGCACAGGUGAGUGGAGAGGACGGUGAGGUGCAGCGUCAGAUAGACCGCGAGGUGCGGAUGCGUGAGGGGGCCAGUAAGCUGCUGGCUGCGUGCUCCCAGAGAGACCAGGCCCUGGAGGCCUCCAAGAGCCUGCUCACUUGCAACACCCGCAUCCUGGCCCUGCUCAGCCAGUUGCAGAGGAUGAGGGAGGCCCAGGUCCUGCAGAGAGUAGGCCGCAGGUCCUCUAUUGGUGGGUCACUGGAUGAGAGGCUGCCCUGCAUGGGUAAUGUGGCGAUCUCAGACCUGCGUAUCCCACUCAUGUGGAAAGACUCAGAGUACUUCAAGAACAAAGGAGAGCUGCAUCGCUGUGCUGUGUUCUGUCUGCUCCAGUGUGGCAGAGAGAUCUAUGACACAGACCUGGUGAUGGUGGACAGGACUUUGACUGACAUCUGCUUCGAGGACACCAUCAUAUUUAAGGAGGCGAGCCCGUGCUUUGAGCUCCGUGUGGAGCUGUACAGUACCUGUGUGGUGGAGGACUUUUCUCCGGGCCCAGGGGCACUAGGACCCAGGAGACUGAACCGCCUCAGCAGCUCCCUGGGCUGCACCUCUGGGAGGAGGAUCAGGGCAGCUCUGGAGUCUGCAGCCUGUGGUACCAUACCCAACGUAGAGGGAGGCGAUGGAGGAGGGUCUCCACCAUCUCUGCUGCCUGCUCUCUGUACACAGGGGCCAAAGUAUCACCUUCUGGCCCACACCACACUGAAAAUGGCACAUGUUCAGGACAGCUUCAGAACACACGACCUGUCCAUAUCAGCCACAGAGGACAAUGCAUUCUGGCUGCCUCUCUAUGGCAGUUUGUGUUGCCGUCUGGCCGCCCAGCCCCUCUGUAUGACCCAGCAUGUUAUCAGCGGCAGGCUCAAGAUCAAGCUUGAGAUGGAGCCUGAGUGCUGGACCGACAUCUACGCUGUCCUCAGAGGGACAAGUCUUAUCUGUUACCACAGUCAAGAGAGGAUGGUGGCCCAAGAGGAGCCGUUAUUCACCAUCGCCAUCAACAAGGAGACCCGUGUCCGUGUGUCCGAGAGAGGGCCUCUCCACCAUACCCAGAGUAUAUCCAUCAGCACACACACCCGAGGUGACGAAGCUGUCACACACACUCUGGCCACACACACACCCCAGGACACACAGCGCUGGGUGGAGGCCUUCUGGCAGCACUUCUACGACAUGAGUCAGUGGAAGCAGUGUUGUGAUGACCUGAUGAAGAUCGAGGUGCCCUCGCCCAGAAAAUCCCAUUUGGUCACAGCGAAGCAGGGGUCGCUUUACCACGAAAUGGUCACUCCAUCUUCCCCAGGUGAGAGUGUGGUAUUCCAGGAUAACUCUGUGUCUGCUGAGGUGUGGGCCUGCUCUCCUUCUACUAUAACCACAGUUGAAGGACCCUCCAUGAUUGCCAGGUUGUCCCAGUCAAGUGGACCAUCAUCAGGCAACUGCAUCAUCCAGGACAGGAUCCACCUCUUACCAAUCUCCAGCACCCCCCCACCCCCCAAUUGUACUCCUGUUCUUGGGAGUGACGUGCAGUGACACCCACCUCUCCCAUGACACAGUGUCUCUGUACUGUACCUAUUACUGUCCUAUAAUAGCACAAAACAGCCACAAGAGGUUGCUGGUCAAGCUAAACCCUCUGGGCUGGGUUCAUUGGCUGCUACCCCUUCACAACAUGGAUCAGUGCUGCACCCUGUUGAACUCACCACUGAACUUAUCCAGUCGAGUUGACAGACAUGCAUCCACUUUGCCCUCCCAUGCAUAUUUACUGAACACACCACUCCAUCAAAACUUAAUGAAAGUUGUGAACAUUAGUAUCUGUUACUUAGGGACAUUUAUUUGUUUUGAUAUGAAUCACACACAGUGGCCUGACGCAUUCCAAUAUGAUUGCCACUCAGCCUUAUCUAACCAAACAGGACUUAGAGGCUGCCAGGUCCUUAUAGAGCUUUACUUAAAUCAAGUUCAAGUUUUUUAUUACACUCAUAUAGCAGUAAAUACAAACUGAAGUAUAUGAACAUACAAAAUAUCAAUAAAAAUACAAGAAACAUAAACAAAAACAAUUGUAAAAGUGUCGGUCAGGAUGGGAGCUGAAGGAUAGAUGGUAAUUUCCCCGGGAGUUGAAGCGGUUCAGAAAGUAUUGAGAGCAGAGGAAGCGUUGAUGAUCUUUAUGGGAGCCGGUUAGUCGGCGUCAGAGAGACAGUCAGCCUUAGCAACGCACCCCUCAUGCUCUCCUUCCCCCGGGUUUUUGUAAAUGUUUAGCUGGCUAGUCACUCCUCUCCAGGAAUGCCCCAAAUUGCGGGCUGCAAUCACACACUAUUGCUAAUUGUAGCAUUCCACACACUUGAGUUAUUCUGGUAAUGCAGCCUUGACCUUUUCUAGUCCAGACUCAAUGUUUUAUAGGACACUUCACUCUUCUCUUCACCAAACCCAAUCGGCUCUAAAAUGCAGUUUUAUUGAUUUUAAAGGGUAAAAAUAUGUCUGUUUGAUUUUGGUACUUAUAGUCUUACUUUUAGUCUUUAGCCUUUCUCUUACUAUUUAAAUUAGACUGUUGUUUUUUUCUGACACAAAAAUGCAAUAUGAUUGCAAUGCAAAGCAUGUAGGAUGGCAAUAAAAACCUAAAACCCUUUA